AUGCAUAUUUCAAUAUGUCUGCACAACCAAAGAGAAGCCGACUUGCGACAGGAUGGUGAUGUUAGUUCUCAAGUCUGUCAGCACUGCCUUAGCGCUGGAGCUCAAUGUGAUCGAACCACAAUUCGAUUUCGGAGUGGUCUCGCACUUCCGAAGAGCCCCAAUGCUGCAUUUCCUGACCAGAAAGACUGGCCUCGGAUUCAUGGGAAAGUCCGCUUCCACGAUGAGACCCCGAAGAUUGUCAGCCAAUAUGUUGGCUCUCUAGAGGCCGACUUCUGCUGGAUUGAUCAGGUGGAGAAGAGUCCUCUUCCAGAGAAUCAGCCCAUUGCUCAAGUUCACACACCAGAGCUCCCACAAACACGUCUGGAAGAUGCCGAAAAUAAUAGCCUGAGCCAACUACCUUACGAUCCACUAGAUGUCUCACCAUCCAGCGUCUCCUUCUAUUCUACAACGUCUCACAGAUCACGAGCCAGCUCAAAACCGUUCCAACCCUAUACUGUGAGAGAAUCAAUAUUGAUAAGAAAUUUCGUUGAGAACAUGGCUUUAUGGGCCGACAUCACCGAUCCGCAUCGGCAUUUUGAGAUCGAUGUUCCUAUAAGAGCAUUCCACGAGCCUGUCCUACGCAACGCAAUUUUUGCAUUUUCAUCACGACAUUUAAACAGACAAACCGCGAAUGACUCAACAGAUGCGUUGCAAUACCACAACCUCUGUGUGCAGAUCCUCAUCCCAGCACUCUCUGAUCCAGAGGAACAUAUAACAGAGGAUAUUCUAGCUGCAGUGGCCAUUUUAAGACAGCAUGAGGAGAUGGAUGGCGAGGAUAAUCAAUUCCAUCUGACAGGAACAACCCAUAUUCUGAAUACUGUUUCAACAUUCGGCUCAUCUGGUGGUCUCGGGGAGGCGGCUGCUUGGCUUUGUCUACGUCAAGAUAUUUACGUAUCUCUGACAACCCAACAGCCACUUCGAACAAACUUGGAAAACUUUCACGACUCGGAUAUCUUUCAUCGAGAGGAUGAUUUUGCAUGGUCAAGUAGGAUGGUAUUUCUCCUUGCCAAGGUGCUCCAAACUGCUUUCCUUGAUUCUUCGACGGUGAGUCUGAUCAACGAAGAAGUCGAGGAAUGGUUUCGGUCGAAGCCUGAAUCCUUUGAGCCGGUCCGAAUAGUUCCGAGUGACUUAGAGGUUGGUUACCGGUUUCCAAUUAUUUGGAUGCUAUUACCUGUUCAUGUCAUUGGUCUGCAAUAUUAUCAUAUCGCCAAAAUCGUCCUAGCUUUAUCUGAAUCUUCUCAGCCAUCAUCUACAUAUGAGAGUCUGCGACAUUCCAGAAUAAUUGAAAAAAAUGUUCGACACCACCUUCUUACAAUAUUAGGCCUGGCACAAUCAAACCCUCGAGCCGAGAACACAUUAUUCACUGCUAGACAUAGUCUAGUUGCAUGGGGUUGGAUGCUACGGUAUUCUAGCGAUCAAACUGCUGCAGAGUCCCUUCUACGAGAUAUGCAUUCAAGGACGGGAUGGAAUAUGGAUAGUCUGGUUCAGACAUUGCGUGAACAGUGGCAAGACGAAGCAGGCUUGAAUUGA